AUAUUAUUUCCUCAAUUUUGACUCUGCAUUUAGAGUUCUGCUUCAUAUUUUGUGUUAAUUCUAUCAAUGCAAUCUGUUUAGUGGUUACUUUUUCGAUUUUUUCCCAUCAAUUAUGGCUUCAAUUUCCCCCAAUUUCUCAUCUGUAACCAGCCCUAUCUGCACACACGCCCAAAAAAGUUUAAUUGCAUUUCACAACCCAUUUUGGAGAAACCCCUUCUUCCGUAAAUACCCAAAUUUUAGGUUUAGCAGCAAAUCCAAUCGUUGCAAAAUGUUGGUUUUUAGUUGCUUAAAUGAGGGUGUGGGUAGUGGUGCAAAUGCUGUAAUAGAUGCAGAAAACCGGAAAUCGAAUCGGGUUAGGACAGUUUUCGAUUUGUCUGAGGAACAGAAACAAGCUAUAUCUCAGCUUCCGUCGAAGAUGACAAAUCGGUGUAAGCUUUUGAUGAAAGAAAUAAUUUGCUUUUCGCCUGAAAAUGGGAGUGUGCCUCUUAUGUUGGCUGCUUGGGUGAAGAGCACGAAUCCUCGAAGAACUGAUUGGCUUUCGGUUUUCAAAGAAUUGGAGGCUUUGAAUCAUCCUUUGUAUUUCGAGGUGGCCGAACACGCAUUUGCAGAAGAAUCAUUCGAAGCCAAUAUCCGCGACUAUACAAACAUAAUCCACGGUUACGCAAAACAGAACAGGUUGCAAGAAGCAGAGCAAACCCUCACAGCCAUGAAAAACAGAGGAUUACUCUGCGAUCAAGUAAUUCUCACCGCACUAAUCCACAUGUACAGCAAAUCGGGCAACCUCAAACAGGCCCAAUAUUCGUUCGAAGAGAUGAAGAUGCUCGGUGUACAGCUGGACAGAAGAUCCUACGGCUCGAUAAUCAUGGCCCACAUAAGAGCCGAAAAAUUAUCCUCUGCUGAAACUUUACUCCAAGAAAUGGAAGCUCAAGAAAUCUACGCAGGCAGAGAAGUUUACAAGGCACUACUAAGAGCUUAUUCGAUGAAGGGAGAUUUCAGUGGGGCCCAGAGAAUCUUUGAUGCAAUACAGGUGGCGGGCAUUACGCCGGAUGCUAGGGUUUGCGGGCUUUUGAUAAAUGCUUAUGUGGUUUCGGGCCGGGCCCAAGAAGCUUGUGUGGCGUUUGGUAAUAUGAGGAGAUCGGGAAUUGAGGUGAAUGAUAAGUGCGUGGCGUUGGUUUUGGCUGCGUUUGAAAUGGAGGAUAAAUUGAAGGACGCUUUGGAUUUGUUGAUUGAGUUGGAAGGGGAAGGGAUUAUGGUUGGUAAAGAAGGUUCCGAUUUGCUUGUGAAAUGGUUUCAAAAGUUGGGUGUUGUCGAAGAAGUGGCGAUUGUUUUGAGGGAGCUCGGUUUAAAGAUGGCACAACCUGUUCUUUAGUUUCUUCUUCUUCGGUUUUUUUUUUUCUUUCAUGUGGUGCAUUCGGUGAAGUUCGUCGGGGAUUUGGUACUAUUUGAUUGUAUGUGUGUGUGUGUUUUCAUACACAUUCAUAUGUGAGUGAUUAUGCGUAAAUCUAUGGUGAGAUGUUACUCGAUGUAAUUCAUUCGGUGUAAUUUUUGGGAGAUGUUGAUAUCAUAGAUGAAAUUGGAUCAUUGUAGAAUGAAAUUCGAAGUUACUGCCGCUGUCAGUACUAAAACCGUUGAGCCAGAC